CCACUCACUCGUUCUUUUCUAAUUAACCUCACUCUCACAUCUCUCUCUCCUCAACAACGGUGCGUCUCUCUCCGACGAGGACAACGCCGACGAGGUCCGAACCCUAACGGCGACAACCUUGACCUCUUCCGCUGAUCUUCAACCCGCAUUCAACAUCCGAGACGCCGACCUCCUUCGGUUUCGUAUUCGGAUUCUCCGAGCCCUCCACCACCUCAACCGGGUUUGAAGUCGGAUCCUCGCCUUUGGGGUUACCCUGCGCCUUCAAGUCCCCCGGUUUGCUUCGUAUACCGGUGGUCGGAAAACAGGUGCAUGCCCUUGCCGUCAAGGCCGAGCAGAUAUGUGACGUCUGUGCUGUUGGGUGCAGUGUCUUUGAUAUGUACUGAAAAACCGGUCUCCGAGAUUAUGCCCGGAAGCUGUUUGAUAAAAUUCCUGAGAGAAACCUUGCCACUUGGAAUGCCUACAUGUUGGGAAGCCGAAUUCUGUGCAUUUCUCAAUGCCUGCUGUUCGGAACUUGGGAGACAGUUGCAUGGGUUUGUGGCGCGAUGUGGGUUUGGGAAAGAUGUGGUGAUGUGUCAGUGCUCAAUAAGCUAGCUUGUGGAUUUUUACGGGAAAUGUCGCACUUAGUCUGAUGCCUAUUCUAACUUGUGUUGUGUGGUUUCUUUUCACUGGAAAAAUCUAGAUUCGAUGUGUUUUUGCUUAAUUUCUCAUUUUGAUUGGUCUAUGUUUUGAUACAAAGCUUCUGGCUCCCAAUGAGGCCUGGCGGUGUUCUCUGUAACAUGGCAGAGGGUAUGUGGCUCCAUACACAUCUUAUUGAAGAUAUGAUCUCUGUUUGCCGUCUAACAUUCAAGGGGUCAGUCAACUAUGCAUGGACGAGUGUUCCUACAUAUCCAAGUGGUGUUAUAGGUUUUCUGCUAUGCUCAACAGAAGGGCCUCCUGUUGAUUUUAAAAAUCCAGUCAACUCCAUUGAGAAGUUGGAAGGAGCUGUCAAACACAGAAGAGAACUUCGGUUCUAUAACUCUGAGAUGCACUCAGCUGCCUUUGCCUUCCUGCUUUUUUGAGGAAGGAGGUGAGCGCACUCUGUGAUUCUUCAACUCCAGCAAGACAAAGCGGCUUGUCCUAGUAAAUAACUAGCGACGACUGGUUACUCUAUCUUCCUGAUUAUUGAAAUGAGUACCGCAUGGAAGAAUAGAGACCAGGUAAUUAUCAGGUGUAGAUGGAGCUCCUUUUGAAGCGUCGGUGGGAUUUAAGUUUUACUGUGAUGUUAUGUCUUGAAUGACCUAUUACUAUAUGUUUAGCCCUGUUACAUUAUUGGAUCUUAUGAGUAAUUUGCUCAGUAAUCAAAUAAUUAUGAAUAUUUUCAUUCGAUUUUUCUUCUUUUUUGUUUUGUAUUUAGGCAAUGUUCGAUUUUUUCUUCAAACGAUAUGAAAAUACAACUAGCGUUAGGAU